UCUAUAGCUCUCGCCUUCUCUCGUCUGCCACGUUAACAAUGCUCGAUAUUUAACGGGUUCCUCGACCGUGGGCCGAUCUCCUUUGUCUCUGGUGGACCGAAUAGUGCUCAUAGAGUGGUGUAUUAACUCAUACGCAUUAAUUCCCGCUCGGCUUCGUUCUUUACCUUCCACAAGUCCACGACUUUCCCUACCAUCACUCUCUCUUUCACGACCAACAGCGCCAUCCAAGCCCACGAAAUGCAGAAUUCCUUCCUGAUCGUUCGAGCCAUAUUUUUCACCCUUAUCCUAUAUUUCAAUUUACUUGCAACUAUAUUUGCAGGUUGGAAUAUUGCAUCCUUCACGGCUUCUGGGAUGUCAGUGCCUGGUGCAGCGGCAUUCCUUGUUGUGAACUCUGCCUUGAUAUUCAUUCUUACAACCCUAGCAUACUCGGCGGAGGCUAUAUGUGCCAAAGCCAGGCCUGCCCAUGUCAGAUUUGAGUGUGGCUGGACUGUGCUGAUGGGAAUACUUCAGCUAGCUGCCAGCAUUUAUGUCACAACCGCUAGUCCCCCAGCGUUAUGCCAAUCACAAUCUACGUGGACUAUCUGCGCUUCUGCAGCAUUGCUUAUGCCGAUCAGCUGGCUGGCUACGUUCACCAUGCUUGUUUAUUGUGUUACGCUAUGCGUAAUGGCAGCAACUCAUGUCUAUUUCAUGCCUACCCUUUGGAAUAUGCCUGUGACGAUGGUUCCUUGGUUCAAUCUCACCGAAUCGAUGCCUGUCUCUUUUCCCUCACGCCCAUUGUCAGAAGUCUCAUCGUCUGCCUCUUCUCAAAGAGACAGUUCUUGCAAUAUCUCAAAAUACAUUGCAGACACUUGGGAAAAGCUCUCUAGAGCCGAAGGACGCGUCGUGGAGCCCUCAAAGCCCAUUCUGUUUUCCCGCGGUUGUCCGUCCAUCAAUUCCACUCGACCUGCGUGGGCGAAGCAGCUUGAACUUCAGACACGACGUGGUGUGGACCAACCAUUUUUGACACAACAUCCAUUGCCAUCCAGUUACUCCCCCAAAGUACCCUUACCACCUCCAAAAGCCCGUGCUAGAGAGGUGUCAGGUCCAAAAGACUUCAACUACGCAGAGACUCGCACAGAGUUGCAGCUGGAUAAGAAUACGUUCGGCUCACCCUUAACGCCACAACAGCCAACCAUCUUCCCAAACAGGAUUGCAAAUCCUGAUUUGCCCAUCCCGCGCCCGCGAUUGUCUGAAUGGAUACCCGCCGACGCGGCCACCGCUAUUGAUCUUUAUGCUGAAAACCCAUGACUCCAUAGAGCUGGUUCUUGAAUGACAUUCUUGGACUUUUAUCCUGUUGCUCAGCUUUCUUGCCUCACCAACACAUCACAUCUGUAGCAUAUAUACUUGGUUUUCAUUUACACUGGGGUAUCACCACAAUUGUAUUGCAUUAUAUAUCCAUCAUCGUAAUACGGAUGUAGCAUUCCGAAACCAGAAUCCUUAGCACGUGCUUUCAGAGGGUUAGAUGAGAAGAAAGAAUUGAAGUCGCACAUUCAAGAUAUCCGCCCGGCUCAGAACUCGGACCCCUCGGAUCCAGCCUGUCUCUAACCAGGCCACCCGGCCACGCAGCUUGCGGUUCUCAUCACGGGCCUUUGCAAGUGCAGCCGUGGUACCUUCAAGCUGCCUCCUGGUCUCUUCGAGUUCUUUUGCUGUUUCUUCUUGUAGUUCCGCCGCUCCCACGGCAAUUCCUGUUGGAGAGCCCAUGAGACGAG